AUGAAGAUCAACAGACUGCACGAGUUCACAGACGGGUGUGCUGCCCAGUACAAGUCGCGACAUUGUAUUGGGGAUCUUUCAUGCUGUCUUUUCGACUACGGAUACCAGAUUCAGAGAAGUUACUUUGAAACCUCGCAUGCAAAGGGUGAGCAGGAUGCUGCUGGAGCCAAUGUGAAGCAGAAGGUUAGUCAGGCUGUGCUGAGGAAAACAGCAGUGAUCCGGAAUGCCAAGGACAUGACCGACUUCCUUACUAAGAACUUUACCACUCCAUCAGCUUCUUCAUUUGCUUCACGAGCUAAAGCAGUGGGACUGGCUCGUAGGGUUUUCUUUUAUGUUUCUACGGAGGGUGAAGGUGCUGUUGUAAGAUGCAGACCAGACAGAACUUUCAAGACACUCAAAGGCAUUCGGAAGCUACACUGCGUCAAGACAACUGCAGAGCAGGGAUGGGUGUUUGUCCGAAGCCGUACUUGUUAUUGCAUUGACUGUAUUGGUGGUGACGAGGGGAAAUGCAGUAAUAAGGAGUGGAUGGACGACUGGAAGGAGGUCAUUCUCGCAAGGGAGUCAUCUGUUGCUACAACCAGGCAAGCUGUCCAGGAUACUGAAGCAACCCUUGGUGACACUGCAGUCAGAAUUGCAGACCUCGCUGCUGAAGGUAGUGUAGUAGCCAUUGCAGCAGCAGAUGACCCUGACUUCGAAUACUACCUUUUGAAAGUUACAAGCAAUGGCUUGGUAGAACUGGAAGAGGCAGUCACAGAUGACUACAGCUGCACCUUUCCAAGAGGAUCAGUUGGAAUAAGAGGCAACUUUUUAUCAGAGACAACAUCAUUGACAUGA